AACACACUUCCGUCUAUGUGUCUGACUGUUACAGCAAUGAGGAAUAGUAAUGCUUUCUCCUUUCUCCUUCUCCUCACUUUGGGUGUAGGAGUCAGAAGUGAUGACCCCAGUCUGGCUCGGGUGACCCGCUCUAUCUGCGGUGAAGAUGCACUUCUACACUGCUGGGCCACGUCCAAGCCUUCAGUCCAGUACCAGUCAGUCACAUGGUAUAAGGUCAGUGAGGCUCCCUCUGGCAAGUUAACUGGUCUAGUGAUAAAGAAGCUCACACAUCGUAACAGCACCGUUCGUAAAUAUAAAGGUGUGGAGCGGGAUUUGAGGGUGUUAGAGGAUUCACAGAGCCUUGUUUUGCCAAAUGUGACAUUGCAAGAUGCUGGGAGAUAUCGUUGCUUUCUGUCUGCUCCCCUUGGUCAUAAGAAUCAGGAGGGAGAGACUCAUCUCAAGGUCUACGAGGGUCCCAGUGAGGAUAAUGGAACAUCAGUGAAAGAGGAUACAUUUUAUGUCAUACUGGCCAUUACUUUACUUGUAGUGGCAUUUCUGAUGCUGUAUAUAAGUUAUACAUGUCUAAAGAAUACACUAUUAAGCCACAAAAGCAAGUCCUUCAGAGAAACACCAAAGAUAAUUCAUCAGAUGAAGGACUCUAUUAUUAAAAUGGAAUCAAAAGGGAUUGUAUGCACAGUUUUGCCCCAGGAAUAUGUGUGACACUACAGUCUUCAUGUUCUGGUCCUAAACUAAGAGACACAGAUGAGGAAGAAGAACAAAUAAAUGAAUGAAAAAAGGUGCUACGUGAACAUUAUCUACUGAGCAGAUAUUGUUCAGAACUGGAAGUGGAUCUGGACACGUGGUGUCCCUUCCAGAGUGCUGUUCCUAACAAUGGUGUUGGGAGCAGGAGGAGGAGCAGAAAGAAGAGGAGGAAAAGGCAUGUGUACCAAGCACUGAUAUUUUACUAUUUCUUUAGUUUAUUUAAGCUAAAAAUGUCAACUUAUAUUUUGCACUGUUAUGGAGUUAUUGUUUUUUAUGUUAGAUGUUGAAUGCAAAAUAUUCAAAUUUGUUGGCAAAACUGUUUUUUUUAAAGAGUACCCUUCCCAAAUCAUUCUAACCUACAGCUCUGCAACCACACACAGUCUGUUUAUUUAGUGGAAAUCUGAGAUGGUGCUUAGAGGAGAGAAUAGGCAAGCAAUUAGCCAACUGCAUAGUUUACUUCGCUGAGUAAGUUGGUGUUAGUUAGCCUUGUACUAUGUUCAUUCACUACUGUAUUUUUCUUUUUUAUACCUGAAUGUUUUAAUUGUGUUAUGCUAUGGGAAAAAGCUAUGUUUAAAACUCAUGUUUCUGUGUCUGAAUAAAUAUAUAUUCUCCUUUUCUUAAAAAUCAUGUUACGUCAUUUUAGCACCUUUUGGCCCACUUUGAUUUAGGGGGCUAUUUUUGCACGAAUGGCUAAAUGAGUUGAUGAUGAAGAUGACAAGGAUGAUGACGAUUAUGAUGAGUUGUCAUUAUUAAUAUAAAAUUAUUAUUAUUAUUAUUAUUAUUAUUAUUAUUAUUAUUAUUACACUGUGUGGCAGCCUGAAAAAAAAAAAACUGAAUGUUGCUGUGCCUGGUUGAAUUAAAAUGCAAAAA